CCGAGGGAAGCCGCCCGCCCCGGGAGCCGGCAUAGAGAGGGCAGGCCGGGCCAUUGCGGUAGCCCGGACACUUGCGCCCGCUGCGUCCUGCUGGAAUCUCGGAGCGGCGGCGGAUCCUGUGUGGACCGGGAGCGGCCGUUGCCACGGCGGGGGCUGGUUCCGGCUGUCAGGAACCAACCGCACUUGCUUGGGAAAUUUGUAAUAAGCGUGAGACUCGGUUACUGUGGUGCUGAAGUCUCGGGAUGUUGUGGAAACACAAGAGCAUUAUAAGAGCAGGUGGCGAUCCAUCUGGGUUAUGUAUCUUACUAUGUUUCUCAGUAGUGUAGGUGACAGACUCCUGCAGAGUUUUAGACUAUAAUGCAUUUUAAGAGCAGAAGGAUGAACCUGUUUUUCAAUUGUAAUUAUGUCUGUGUGGCCAUAUCUCCAAAAGAUUGAUCCGACAGCAGAUGCGAGUUUCUUGGGCUGGAUUAUAGCUUCAUAUAGCAUUGGCCAAAUGGUUGCCUCUCCCCUCUUUGGCUGGUGGUCCAAUUACAGGCCAAGGAGAGAACCUCUCGUCAUUUCUACUACUAUUUCAGUAGCUGCUAACUGUCUUUAUGCCUACGUCCAUGUUCCUCAUUCACACAACAGAUACUACAUGUUGGCUGCACGUGCUCUGGUGGGGUUUGGAGCAGGAAAUGUGGCUGUAGUUCGAUCAUAUAUUGCAGGUGCCACUUCUCUUAUGGAAAGAACAAGUACCAUGGCCAAUACCAGUGCCUGUCAAGCAGUUGGCUUCAUAUUAGGACCAGUUUUUCAGACGUGUUUUACCCUUAUUGGAGAAGAAGGAAUAACAUGGAAAUUAGUUCAGCUUCAGCUGAACAUGUAUACGGCACCAGUUUUAUUUGCAGCUCUCUUAGGAGUUAUUAAUAUUAUUCUCUUCUUUUCCAUAUUCAGAGAGCAUCAAGUGGAUGACAUGGGACGACAGUGCAAGAGUGUCAGUUUUGAAGGAGAAGAAAGUGAUGUUCCAGAUCAGGAUGCAGAAGGAAGCAUUGACCAUGUUGCUGUGGUAGCAAUCAAUUUUCUUUUCUUUGUCAUCUUGUUUGUGUUUGCUGUCUUUGAAACUAUAGCUACUCCACUGACGAUGAAUAUGUAUUCCUGGACCAGGAAAGAAGCUGUUUUCUACAAUGGAAUAAUCCUUAGCAUGGUUGGCAUUGAAUCCGUUAUUGUUUUCAUGAUGGUUAAAAUGCUAUCUAAAAAGACUGGUGAGCGUGCCAUACUCCAUGGAGGCUUACUGAUUGUCUUGGUUGGAUUCUUUAUCUUGCUGCCUUGGGGGAAAAAGCUACCAAACAUCCAGUGGCAAGAAAUAAAGAAUAACUCCAUUCCCAGAACAGCUGCCACUGAAAUGUUAAUGCCUUUCUGGAGUCUGCAAGCAAGGCCACUUCCAUCCAACCACACAGUUGAACCUGUGGGCUGCCCUGUCACACAGUCCUGGUGCCUGAAUACUCCCAUGAUCUAUCUGGCCCAGUAUAUCAGCUCUGACAUACUAAUAGGAUUGGGCUAUCCUGUUUGUAAUGUCAUGUCCUACACUUUAUACUCAAAAAUUCUAGGACCAAAGCCUCAGGGUGUCUACAUGGGAUGGUUAACUGCCUCUGGAAGUGGAGCACGAAUACUUGGGCCUGUUUUUGUAAGCCAAAUAUACACUCAUCUGGGACCACGCUGGGCAUUUAGCUUAAUAUGUGGUGUAGUUGUAGUCUCUCUCUUACUCUUGGAGAUAGUAUACAAGAGACUAAUUGCAUUUUCUGUCAGAUACGGAAGAAUGCAAGGAGAGAAUUGUUAAAUAUGGGCAUUUAAAAAAAAAAGUCAAACCAACUAGUAAUAAUACUUAAUUUAUUACUACUUUUUAAUGAGGACUCCCUGACCUUGUUGGCUGUAUGCUAAGAACGGUACAUGUGUACUUACACAUUGACAGAACACGUAACUUGGUCAUACCCUAAUAUAUGGUUAUGCCUGCUGCAAUGGAGCAUUUGUAUUCUGCCUUUCUAGCAGCAGAGGAAGAGAUGUGAACAAGUGCGAUGUGAACUUUUGAAGCGUGUACAGUUUAAAUGAUGCACCUGUGUAUGGAAUGCAGCUGUGAAGGUCGCAGGUUACGUGCAUCCUUUCCAGAAAGAAGUAAAAGAAGUAUUAUCUUGAUUCCGUGAAUCGGGAUUAGUAACUCUUUUCUAACUACAAGAUUAGUUGAGCUGCAUGCACUUUGUAUGAAAACAUCACUGCUUCAGUGAAACUCCGGAUGUUCAGUUUGCUAGCUUGUAACUACUGUUUAAUACAAAAUGUGUUACCUUGGAAACUGGUACCUGUCAGCACAUCUUCUCCAGGAUUUCAAAUGAAAUGUGACAGAAUUGUAGAGAAAGGUAGGUGCCUAUUUCACAAGCUGCUCAUGUGGGAUUUGGGUAUUUAAGUUGGUGAAGAGCCAUUGAAAAUCGUAGCCUUAGUGGCUGUUACUUGAACUACAGGUGAAUUGUAUGUGCAAUUUUUCUUCUGCUGUUUUGCUGAAUGCCUUUUUGUAGCAAGAAAGAUAACCUGCACAGAGUUGAAGUAAUGCACAGCCUUUCCUAACUACAAGAAGGAAAUACUAAGCUUGAUAGUUUACACUUUCAUUGCCAUUUGAGAGAAUGAAAGCACUGUGCUGAGCAACCCGUUCAUAUUAAUUACAGAGGACACUGGCUCUUCAGGUGCUGUUAUGUGCAGAUCUUUUCCCUGAUAAUACAAUAUGAGAAACAGGAAUUUACAAUGUUUGAAUCAUUCAGUGUUUAUUUUUAAAAGUGAGAUUAUUUUCUUUCUUAAUGGGGCAUAAGCUUAUCUGUAUGGGUUUAUCUGUUUCAAUACUACUGGGUAAAAAUAAAUCUGUAAUAACUUCAGUAUGA